ACUCAAAUGCAGCCAAAAUAGGUACCAUGAUAUAUACCUCCUGUGCUAUUACUAUUUCAUUUUCUUUGGGACGGCUAAUAAGCAUAAAGGUUCAUGCAUAAGAGCCAUAAAAGCUGGUUUCUUGUUUCCAUCAUCAGCUUGAAGUGUGCAUAAGAGCCACAAAAGCUAGUUUCUUGUUUCCAUCAUCAGCUUGAAGUGUAUAGUCAUCUUUUGCUUUUGAAUAAAAAGCAUGAAACGUGAAAUUACUUUGAUAAAAAUCAACCAGUGGGAAAGACAAUAAAGGAAAAUAGGAGUAUUAUAGGAGACAUGGUAAUAAUUCUUGCAUGGUUUCUUGGCCUAUUUUUCCUGUUAGCUCUUGGAAAGGUGUAUCACAAACUAUGGUGGACUCCGACUCGCAUACAGUACUUGAUGGCUUCAAGAGGAAUCAGAGGCCCUUCUUACAGAUUCGUUCAGGGUAAUGCCAAAGAGAUGUGGAUUAUGAGGGAGGAAGCAAUGAGAACACCUAUGGGUUUAUCACACAACAUAUACCAUAAAGUUCAACCUAACUUUCACUCCUGGUUUAAACUGUAUGGGAAGAAUUUUCUGCAAUGGCUUGGUACUCAACCUCAGAUAGUCAUAUCAGAACUAGAGUUGAUCAAAGAGGUACUUAACAAUAAAAAUAGAGCUUAUCCCAAAGCUAGAGUUGAAGGCUAUAUCAAGAAGCUGUUCGGAGAUGGGCUUGCUACAACUGAGGGUGAAAAAUGGGCAAAAUUGCGGAAACUGGCAAAUUAUGCCUUCCAUGGAGAGAGCUUGAAAGGUAUGGUUCCUGCAAUGAUCUCUAGUGUUGAGAUAUUGCUUGAAAGGUGGAAACACUAUGAAGGAAAAGAGAUUGAGGUGUUUGAAGAAUUUAGGUUGUUGACUUCAGAAGUAAUAUCAAAAACAGCAUUUGGAAGCAGUUACAUUCAAGGAAAGAAAAUCUUUGAUAUGUUGAGGAGAUUGACCUCAAUAGCAACUGCAAAUUUUUUCAAAGUCAGACUUCCUGUCAUGAGCAUGUUCUUCAAGACAAAAGACGAAAUUGAAUCAGAGAUGCUUGAGAAAGAAAUAAUUAACAGCAUAAAGGAGAUGGUUAGCAAAAGAGAAGAGAAGGUAAUGAUAGGAGAAGAAGAUAGCUAUGGAAGUGAUCUUCUAGGUGGACUAAUAAAGGCUUACCAUGAUACCAAUGAAACACAGAGGAUUUCAAUGGAAGAUCUGAUUGAUGAAUGCAGGACAUUUUAUUUUGCUGGACACGAAACCCUCAAUAGCUUGCUUGCGUGGACGAUGUUCCUUCUAGCAAUGAAUACAGAUUGGCAAGAGGAAGUAAGAAAGGAGGUGCUCAACUUACUUGGCCAACAAAAUCCAAAUCCAGAAAGCAUUGCCAAACUAAAAGCAAUGAGCCUGGUGAUUAAUGAGUCUUUGAGAUUAUAUACUCCUGUGAUUGGCUUUUCAAGAAAAGUAGAAAGGGAACAAAGACUGGGAGAUCUUAUUGUUCCUGCUAAUAUGGAUAUCUUCAUAUCAAAUCUUGCACUUCACCAUGACCCUCAAAUAUGGGGAGAAGAUGCACAUAAGUUUAAUCCAGAAAGAUUCUCAGAAGGGAUUGCUAAAGCUACCAAUAACAACCCUGCAGCAUUUCUCCCUUUUGGAAUGGGGCCUCGAGUCUGUGUGGGCAUGAACUUUGCUCUCAUUGAAGCAAAGAUUGCUCUUUCGAUGAUUUUACAACGUUACAGUUUCACUCUUUCCCCGGCCUAUGUUCAUUCCCCUUAUCAGAUUAUCACACUUCAUGCGCAGCAAGGAGUUCAAGUAAUGCUGCAUCCACUAUCAGUCUAGACUUGGUUCCCUUGAAAACACUCGCUCCAUGCCAGACACUACUUGAGCCUGUGAUUAUAUGUGUAACUACAUAAAAUAUAUGAUAAAUUUAUAUAUAUGUUGAGAUUAAAAAUGCAAAAGAAAUUAACACACACACACAAAAUAAAUAAAAAAUCUGGUUUGUUUUAUCUUUUUA